CUAAGAAAUACUCAUACACCAUGGGCACAGUGUAAGCAGUGCAAGAGUUACGGUCUAUUUCGUACACCAUGGUUUAGGCUGUAAUCUGAAAUAACGCUGUUUCCCUGAAGACAAUCUGCAGGACAGCAGCAUUUAUUCACCGUGAUACAAAUGUGUUGCAAUGUGUGAUAUGAUAUUGAAAACAAAUUAUGUUGGUAAUGCAUGUCUAGAAACAAAUGAUGGGGAAACAGAAGAAGACCAGAAACAAGCAGUUAGGGAACACUCGAGAGUGAAGGCUGGUGAAGGUUGAGAAUUGACUGUCAAACUAUCACCUGGAUCUCACUGGACAGAACUAUACAUAAUAUCUGGCACUACGAAGAUGGUAGAAAUUGAUUCUUCAGAAUCGUCGUCUGAUGAGGAAGACAGAAGAUUGAAACCAAUUCGCCGUCUUGACGGCCCAGGAUUUACCUCUAGAACUCGCGUAUUUGAUGCUGCCGAGCAACCGGAAGGUUCUGCCCCUCCAGAAUUCUUCUUGAGCCUUGGGGAUGAGCAGGACAUGCAGCAACUCGUAGCUGCAUAUCAAAAACAGAAUAUCAGUGAACUGGCCUCUUUCAGAGGAAAUUUGACUGAACCUGGCUGCCCUGAAGGAAAAGUUGAACAAAAUCUUUCUAAAGAAUUAAUUUCUUUAUCAAGAAAAUUUGAGAAAUUUUCUUUAAAAUUGAAGCAAAUUCCACAACAAUCAUUAGCAGCAAGAAACCUUCAUGUUGGUCUGCAGCUUGUUAAAGAAUACCUGUCUGCUGCUAAUGAAAAUAUAAAAUUUGACAAAAAUAUUAAUUCAUGUGAUAUAUAUGGAUAUUCAGGUCCUUUGCAAAAUUCUGAACCUUACGAUGAAUGGUUUAGUCCAGUUGGUAUAAAAGAACAGUGUGCAUUUGAAUCUGAGAUAACGUUGAAAACCAUCCCUGAUUCAUAUGAUUCUCCGACCCAAAAGAAUGCAAGUUCUCAAACCAACAUAAGCGGUGAAGUGAUUCCUCGAGAGGCAUCAGCUGCCUUGGAAUUUUUUCAAGAAUUAAUUAAGAAGGGUUAAUAUUAGGUUUUGUUAUGGCAUUUUAAUAAUGGGUUGUUAAAAGUGAAUAAGAUAAUGCUAGUAUUCCAGAUGUGCUUCCACUGUGAAAAAAAUGUUUGUGUGUACAUCAAACACAACAUAUAUGAAUUUGCAUUUAGCAAAAUGUAUUAUGUUAAGGCAUAAGUUGUUACAAUGAAUUCUGGUAACAAUGCGUUUGGAUGUUCUUCAGAUAUGAAUAUACCUAAAUAGAAGUAAAAUACAAUUCCGGUAUGCAGAUCAUUUCUCAAUGAAAAGUAAUUUUUAUUUGCUAAUCUUUCUUACUUACCUUAAUACAAUUUAAAUGUUCAAAAAGUGCAAUUGGACAUAUGAAAUGCAGUUGGUUAAUGUAUAUAUGUAUAGGCGUGACUAGCUAAUGCAACAAAUUAAUUGAAAAUGAGUGAUUGGUCAUAAAAGUUAAUUUUAUAUGCCUGUCCAUUGUGUGUCUGCAGAAACUGUUGAUUACGAUAUAAACUGUAAACAGUAUUUAAGAAAAAAAAUUAACAUGUGUAAUUAGAAAUAAAAAUAUUUUUCUGGGAUUUUGAAUGAACAUUGUUUCAUCAAUCAAUACACCAUUUCAACUUGCUAAUAAAUAAAAACAGUUGUCAUUCAUUUUAGGAACUGUAACACUAUCAAACAACACUUAUUGACAUCAUUUAAGGUGUAUGUACAGUUAGCACAUUUGAAAUUUUGGUAUGUCAAUGAAACGGGUUUGAUAUCUAAAUUUUUGUGUGCCUCUUCAGCACUUUUUUUUCUUUAAUACAAAAUAAUUGUUUGGA